ACAAACCACGAUAUCAUGACCUGAGCUGAAGUUGGACGCUCAACCGACUGAGCCACCCAGGCGCCCCUCAAAUCACUGUUUUAAAAAGUGUUCCAAAAUGAAGACUACAGCUCACUUUCACAUAAAACCUAAGAUUCCUUUGUGUAGCCAUUUACAAUAUUUUUUUAGUAAGAAAGUUUGGGAUUUUCCAGGUGGCUGCUAUCUUAUCAAAAGGAUUUCAAAUACUGGAUAUAGUUGGUUUCUUAACAGCCUUGAGAAUGAUUAAACUAUUUUUCUCUUUUCCUACAAGACUGAUAAGCUUAUUGCAGUAGAUAACAGUUCCUAUGCAAAUUUCAGUUUGGUUUUUGUAUCUGAGAUAAGAACAGGAAAAUAAAAUUGAGUGAAUGAAUUAGAUUUGGAAUGCUUUAUAUACUCUAGUCUCCUUAAACCAUUUUUGGAAUAAAAUGUGUGUAAACAAUCAGACAAAUAUAGCUUGAAUUCCUGAUUCAGUGGUUGGGGGGUAGAAAGAAAUUAUUUUUCAAAUAGUAGUGGAUAUAAUGCAAAUUUAAGUUGUUCUUCAGGAUGGAAACUACAACAUUCACCCUUAGCAGAUACUAUAAUUGAAAAACAAAAGCUUUAAAAUGAGGCAAAGAUAAAUAUACUUUUUAUUUCUAAGGGUCAGUACUUGGUAAAUUCAUUAACAUCAAAUAAAAUAAAUCUUUGGGUAAACUGAUAAAUAGCUUGCAUAUCAGCAUUGAUUUGAAACACCAUUAUAUUGAGGUGGUAACUUAGAGAACUUGCAUCUUGAAUUAUUCUGUGUACAACUGAACUAAAUGUUUAGAAUAAUUUAACAUAGUACAAGGAUUAAGCAAUAGAAAUUAGUGUUAGCAAUGGAGUAAACUUAAUAAAAGUCCAUUCCAAAGUAAUCAAUUUCUAGAAGUCUAAAAAACACGACACUAAUAACCAAGAAAUGUGGACUUUUCACGCUUAUAUACAUGAUAAUUAUACAUGAUAAUGUAUAGUUAGUGCAGUAGUAGUACGUCCUCUUAGAUGUCUAUAUCCAAGAUAAAACUCUUCUUAGGAUUCUAACUUGUAAAACAAAAACUACCUUUGUAGAGCUAGUGGUCAUACACAAAGAAUGUAUAAGUAAAGAAUUAAAAGCCUACAAAGUAAAACAUGGACCAAUAUAUGAAGGAAUUUUGAGAGAAGCAGUAUAGGUGAAAGAAAUAGUAUAAACACAAAGGCACUUCCAUUUUGAGCCACAGGAUGUCGUUGUUCUCCAAGAAGAGGAUUAUUUUAACAGAAGAAACUUACCAUUAUUCACGGACCAGAAAGAAUCUCCACUGUUCCGGUGUUUUAAAGACUAUACACACCCAUGUUGUUAAGAUCCAGUAGAGAUCUCAGGAACAGACUCAAAAGAAAGAUCUAAAAGGACUACACAUUUCCUCUCAUGAAACGUUGAUUUACUAACCUGAAACAGAGCAGGAUGUUAGCUUCAGGAUCAGGUGGCCAGGAAGUCAAGCGCUUGCUGCUCUCGGUUAUGCUGCUUGCAGCGUCGGAGGCCGAGAGCGGCCAAGUUCAUUACUCUGUCCCGGAGGAAGCCAAACACGGCACCUUCGUGGGCCGCAUCGCGCAGGACCUGGGGUUGGAGCUGGAAGAGCUGGUGCCGCGCUUUUUCCGAGUGGCGUCCAAAGGUCGCGGGGAUCUUCUGGAGGUAAAUCUGCAGAAUGGCAUUUUGUUUGUGAAUGCUCGGAUCGACCGCGAGGAGCUGUGUGGGCGGAGCGCGGAAUGCAGCAUCCACCUGGAGGUGAUCGUGGACAGGCCGCUGCAGGUUUUCCAUGUGGAGGUGGAGGUGAAGGACAUUAACGACAACCCGCCAAUGUUCCCAGCGACACAAAAAAAAUUGUUUAUUUCUGAAACUAGGGCUCUCGACUCUCAUUUUUCACUAGAGGGCGCGUAUGAUGCAGAUAUCGGGGCCAACGCUCUGCUGACUUACAAACUGAGCCCCAACGAAUAUUUCUCUCUGGAAGUACCCACCAACGAGGAACAGGUAAAACCGCUCGAACUAGUACUAAAAAAAUCUUUAGACAGGGAAGUCGCUUCAAAGCUUCUCUUGGUGCUCAAAGCAACUGAUGGGGGCAAACCUGAGCUGACAGGUACCACAGAGUUACACAUCACAGUGCUGGAUGCAAAUGACAACGCCCCAGUAUUUGACAAAGCAGUCCAUCGUGUAAAAUUACUGGAGAAUUCGAGAAACGGUACUCUGGUUAUUAGACUUAAUGCCUCGGAUUUGGAUGAAGGUUCCAACAGUCACAUUCUUUAUUCAUUUGCAACUGAUGUCUCCUCUAAUACAGAAGCCUCUUUUCACAUAGAUUCAGACAGUGGAGAAAUAAAAGUAAACGGAAAAAUAGAUUUUGAAGAAACUAAAUUAUGGAAACUUCAAAUAGAAGCAGUUGACAAAGGAAAUCCUCCGAUGUUUGGUCACUGCACAAUCUUGAUAGAAGUCUUGGAUAUUAACGAUAAUGCUCCGGAGUUGCUAGUGACUUCACUAUCGCUGUCUGUUCCAGAGGAUGCUCCACUGGGGACUGUCAUCGCCCUAAUCAGUGUAACUGACCGUGACGCUGGUGGCAACGGGCAAGUUACCUGCUCACUAACACCCCACGUCCCCUUCAAGCUGGUGUCCACCUUCAAGAACUACUAUUCGCUGGUGCUGGACAGCGCCCUGGACCGCGAGAGCGUGGCGAACUAUGCUCUAGUAGUGACAGCACGGGACGGGGGCUCGCCUUCGCUGUCGGCCACGGCCAGCGUGUCCGUGGAAGUGGCCGACGUGAACGACAACGCGCCGACAUUCGCGCAGGCCGAGUACACGGUGUUCGUGAAGGAGAACAACCCUCCCGGCUGCCACAUCUUCACGGUGUCCGCGCGGGACGCGGACGCGCAGGAGAACGCGCUGGUGUCCUACUCGCUGGUGGAGCGGCGGGUGGGCGAGCGUGCGCUGUCGAGCUACGUGUCGGUGCACGCGGAGAGCGGCAAGGUGUACGCGCUGCAGCCGCUGGACCACGAGGAGCUGGAGCUGCUGCAGUUCCAAGUGAGCGCGCGCGACGCGGGCGUGCCCCCGCUGGGCAGCAACGUGACGCUGCAGGUGUUCGUGCUGGACGAGAACGACAACGCGCCCGCGCUGCUGCCGCUGCCUGGGGCGGGCGGCGCGGGCGGCGCCGUGAGCGAGCUGGUGUGGCGGUCGGUGGGCGCGGGCCACGUGGUGGCGAAGGUGCGCGCGGUGGACGCGGACUCGGGCUACAACGCGUGGCUGUCGUACGAGCUGCAGCCGGCGGCGGGUGGCGCGCGCAGCCCGUUCCGCGUGGCGCUGUACACGGGCGAGAUCAGCACGACGCGCAGCCUGGACGAGGCGGACUCGCCGCGCCAGCGCCUGCUGGUGCUGGUGAGGGACCACGGCGAGCCGGCGCUGACGGCCACGGCCACCGUGCUGCUGUCGCUGGUGGAGAGCGGCCAGGCGCCCAAGGCCUCGUCGCGGGUGUUGGCGGGCGCCGCUGGCGCGGAGACGGCGCUGGUGGAUGUCAACGUGUACCUGAUCAUCGCCAUCUGCGCGGUGUCCAGCCUGCUGGUGCUCACGCUGCUGCUGUACGUGGCGCUGCGGUGCUCGGCGCCGCCCAGCGAGGGCGCGUGCGGGCCGGGGAAGCCCACGCUGGUGUGUUCCAGCGCGGUGGGGAGCUGGUCGUACUCGCAGCAGAGGCGGCAGAGGGUGUGCUCUGGGGAGGGUCCGCCCAAGACCGACCUCAUGGCCUUCAGCCCUUGUGUUCCUCCCGGUUCAAGUUCUGGAGAUAGUGGAGAACAACGGGAUAUUUUCGGGAAUGAUGUAAGUACAGUAAUUCUGGAACAUAUUUUAUGCCUUUUGAUGUCAAUUGCAUAGUAUGUUCAGCAAUAUUAUUGUAAAUUUAUUACUUCAUUUAUUUGUUUCUGGUUUUUUUUCCCUUGGGGUGGUUUAUUUUAAAGCACAUUGGAAGUCCAUCCGUUUUCAUUACUUUUCACUAAAGUCUUUAUGAACAUGCCUGGAACAUUAUUUAUUUGCCGGAAAUAAUGAGAGUGGUAGUAAUUGCAAUAACGAAACAGCUGGCUAACACUUUCUAUAAAUGAAGAAGGUUAAAUCCUCCUGUAAGGAAAGCAAGGAUCGCUCAUGGGAAAUGGAAGAUAUGGGCAAAGCUUACAUCUUCUAGUUUUCAACUUUGCAGCAAGUUCAUUCUUCCUAUUUAUUUUCUUAUUCUAAUUGAUGUCCUCCACUAAUUAUAUUAAAUGUAUUCAAAAUUACCAUAAUAAUGCAUAACUUCAUAAUUUAGUUAUUUUGAGUUUGAAAUCUAUUUAAAUCCUUACUUCUCUAUAAACUAUACGCUUAUUACUAAUGGGCAUGGGCUGUUGAGGUGGCUUCCUUUUAUAAAUAAUUUCGUUUCUUUAUCAUCAAUGGCAUACUUCUUUGAGAUACUCGGUGAAGUUUCAGCCUUACCUUUGAAGAGGACUUUACUUUUUUGUCUUUAAGUCUCUCACAAUUUCAAGCUUAUUUUCUUCAUAGUCUUCAGCUGCUUCAGAUAAACUACAUUUUUUACGUAAUUCUUUUUUUUUUAUGUUUGUUUUUGAGAGAGCACAAGCAGGGCAGGGGCAAACAGAAAGUGACAGAGGAUCCCAAGAGGGCUCUGUGUUGACAUCAGUGAGCCUGAUGUGGGGCUUGAACUUAACGAACUGAACACCAAAUGGCAAGACCAUGACUUGAACCAAAGUCAGUUGCUCAACCAACUGAGCCACCCAGGUGCCCUUUUCUUUACUUCUCAAUAUAAUUUCAGUUUUGCUAAUUGCCUGUUGAAUCUAUUGCUGCUGUCCUCCAUAUUAAUUCAUUGAUUUCCAUUUACUUUAUUUGGAAGAUUUAUUUUAUAUUUGAUCAUAUUUAUGCUUCUUACAUUCAUGGGACUCAUUAUUUAUGAGGCUGUAUGGAAAUUUUUUAGGGUAGGGUAGAAAAAAAUCACACUCCUUUGUGUUUUGAGUUUAAGGGAGUGUUCCCGUAAUGGGGAAAGGUGAUACUGAUUCAUGUGUUCCCCAAGCCACUUGGUCAUUGAAAUGACUUUGGUUUAAACAGCUUAUGCAUAACAACCAUGGAAUAUACACAAAGGCACUUCUAUUUGACAAUGGUGUUGAUCACAUUUUGCAAUUUAACAUUGUAUACUGUAGAUACAUUUGAUGCAAACUUUUUUUUUGUCCAAAAGCUAUAUUUAUGUGAAUUGCUUAAAGAAUCACAGAGGGGGUGCCUGGGUAGCUCCGUUGGAUAAGCCUCUGACUCCAUCUCACCUCAGGUCAUGAUCUGUCACUUCCUGAGUUUGAGCCCUGCAUCAGGCUCUGCUCUGGCAUCGUGGAGCCUGCUUCAGAUUCUGUCCCUCCCUCUCUCUCUCUGUCUCUCUGAUGUAAAAGUUCAUUAUUAUUAUUUUUUUGCUCCAGUGUACAAGUUAGAGAUCUUUUAACUAUAUUGUGUGAAAAAUAAGUUAUAUAUAUUUAUAUAUGGAGUAGAAUGAUGUUAUGAAUAGGGUGAAGUUAACAGAAAUGGUGAGACAUCAUUAGUGACCAUUUUAUACCCAGGAAAAAAAAGAUGAUUUCUAUGAAGAUGAACAUUAGGAAAUCUUCAGAAAAGGAAAAACCAGGGCCUAGUAUAUCACACUGAAAUUCUCUUCCUCCAAAGCUACAAAAUAGAACAAGAACAAAGUCACUAGCUAUAAAUAAACCACUACUAUUUGAACUAUUUCAGUUUAUUAGACAAUAUGCAAAGACUUAAAAUAUAUAAUUUUAUUUAAUCUUUAUAACAACUUGUAAAGUAUGCGUGACUACCUGAAUUUUAAAGAUGAACUAAGCGAUGGGAAGAUAUUUGUGUAGCUUGUCUACUGCCAUUCAGCUAGCACAUGAUAAAGUUAAAACUCAAAUGCAUAUCUUUUGAUUCCAGAGCCAUUCUUUUAUUCACCAUAGAGCUUACUACAGUAAAUCUUUUCUUUGAUCAGGCAUAGUUUUGGCUACGAAGGUCAAGCACAAACUGUUUACAAGUGAAUCCUUCUUUCUGUUUUGCUUAAGAAAAAGCCUUCAUGAUUAUUGUCAUAUUUAAUUUUGUAGAAUGUCAUAAUUGAGAUCAGAAUUGAGUUUUUUAAUGUUAAGUGAUUUUUUUCUCAGAAGAGUUUCUGAUCACAUUAUCAUGUCUUCAUGCCACAUUGGGAUAGGUAUUUAUAUUAUUCAAUCAGUAGAUAAUGAAGAAUUGCCAUUGUAAAGACUAUAUAUAUAUUUUUGGAAGUAAUAUAAAUAAGAAUUAUUUAAUAUGUGAGAAAAUCCAUAAGAUUCUGAUCUGCACUGUUCUAGCAAAACACUAAAGCCAAAUGACAAAUAUGAAAAUGACCCUGCCCUUUUCAUGCUAUGAAUAAGGAUAUUUUGGACAAAUAUAAGUGAUAAUAUGAUUAUUUCCAGGAUCCUGAACAUCCACAAAGGAUUCAAUAAGUGUUUCCAAAAUGUCAUACUUCAGUAACAGCUUUAAGGUGUAUAUUGCCCUGAAAAUCUUUGAAUGUGUGUAGGUUUUUCAGAAUUCAGUCUUCUUCAGUCUUGUUAUCUGUAAGAUUUGUGCUCACUGGACAAAUGAUCUGUGAUCAAAUAACUGUGUAUACUUUAAUGAGCAAUGAUAGCAAAGAGUGAACAUCAAUGAGUAUAUCCUAUAAUUUUGAUAAUACAAUGUUGACUACUACUUUUUUUUCUUUUUUUUUUUUAAUUUUUUUUCAACGUUUAUUUAUUUUUGGGACAGAGAGAGA